AUGACCAUCACGAAGCAACCCGGUGAGGACAAAUAUGUGAACGAAGAAUGGGUAAAUCACGAAAGGCGAACGAUGAUCCAACCGGAUGGAUGGGGAAGCACAGGUGCAAAGAUCAGACAAGCCAUUUAUUUAGAAGACGCACAAAACCGAGAAAUCAACCAAUCAGUCAAGGGCAAGACAAAAGAUUGUCAGCAUCCGACGGCUGUUUGA